UCUGAGUGUAGACCUUGUGUCUAUCUGCCAGAUGGCCUCGGGGUUCACUACCAGCAGUGACAGCAACCAAACUGCUGCAACUGGGAACUCGACCGGAUUCUUUGAUCGUCAUUAUGAGGAAGAGGGGAGCUGUGGGGAAGGUGCCUAUGGACAGGUCAAAAAGGUGACCCACAAAGUGGACCAGGGCAAAUAUGCCAUGAAGUCUGUCCCCAUCCAUUAUGGCAAGAAUGUGCGCCUUGAGAAAAUCUGCCCAGCAUUAAACAUCAGCAUUGAAGGAGUGCAGCUGAACUCUGACCCGAGCGGUGAUGAGGAUGAAAUGACACGGGAGGAACUGAGGCUCUUGGAAAAGUGUCAGAGUGUGGUGCAAGAGGCGCGUCUGAUGGCCAAGCUGAGCCACAAGAACGUCGUCCGAUACAACACCUCGUUCCUGGAGCGUGUGAGCCGCGAGCGCUUCUCCUCAG